GAGACAUCUAUUACUGGUCGGCAGCCUGCUGUACCGUCGUACAGCCAACUCGGCGAUAAACCACAAUACCGAUAUUUGGGGUCUACGGAAUCUUUGAUGGCUUGAGAAGCGCAUUGUCUACGAUGCGAGUAGCCGUCACACCCCCUAUAUGGAAGUAUGACAUAUGACUCUUAUGCAAACGGAUGGUCAAAAACGACAGCCGGCAUCCAGUGUUGGGUGCGUUUGCACCAAUAUAAUACCAUGGGUGACAUUUUCGUUUCGACCGGCCUGGGACGAAAGCUUGGAGGUGAAGUGAGGCUCAUUAGGCUCCAUAUUAUUGAUGAUCUACAUGGCGCAAGAUGCUUAAUAGGCAUGCGGUCUAUCACCUGUAUGUUGGUGUUCGCGCUCGGUCAGCCUCGGUCUCUUCGGCUGAGGAUUUUCGGCUCGACUUAUCGUUUCUCGGUUACGUACAUUUAUAUUCCCCUCAGCCUUCUCCGACUGCAUCUCUUUUAUACAAUGUUACCUCCACGUAUGGCUGUGCCCACGCGCAACCGGCUAAUAGACCGGCUACCAAAGAACAAUGGCGCCCAAGCGAGCCAAACUUAAGGAUAAACACUUUGCGUUGUUGGUUCACUCCGAGGGCUCCCGAGGAAAGAAAAUCAAGGCAGAAGUCUUUUGGCUUGAGUCAGUUGCCAACUUUACUUCCCAUGAUUGGAAGGGUAAAAUCCACAUAUAAGUAAAUAAUAUGCACCUUGCAGAAAGCGUGAAGAAAUCU